CUCUGCCGCGUCGACGGACUUGCACUCGACCAAGUCCUGCCCGCCGUCUCGCCUCCUCCCUUCAUCGCCGUCAUCAUCGCCGAACGCCAUGGCCGCCGUCGGAACUGCCAUUGCCCCAGCUGAUAUCCCGAAAACCACUGAAAAUGGGUCUCCAGACCAGCUUGCCGACGCUGUCGCCGGUCUCGCCAUACACGACGACCAGCGUUCGCCAGAGCAGGCCCAGGGGACCCAGCAGCCUGUCGCUCAGCGUCCGCUGCGAAUAUACACCAGGAAACAGCUUCUGUAUCUCCACGCAUCACCACUCGUGCAGCUGCCGCCAGGCAUGCCCGAGCUCAAAGACUGGUUUGGAACGGAAAACGAACAGAGCCUCACAAAGAAGGAGGAAGCCUCGAGUCCACCGCGAGAACGCAGAUUCAGGCGGGAUCCUGAAGACGGAGAUACCCCCACGAGACCCUCCUUCCGAGCCACGGUCUCACAACCCUCGCAAAUGGGCAACUUCAAGCACCAGUCCCUGCGCAGCGACAGAGACAGAGACGAACGUGACAGAGAAGGAAUACGCAACAUGUCUGAGAGAUACGACCGCGACCGCAUGGGUCUCGGCCUGAACGGCAGGAACAAGGAUCGCGAUGUCGCCCCUCACCUCUCCUCGGCGUCCUCCACGCGCCUGGCCAGUACGGGCCCGAUAGCCACCCUCACGACGCGCCGCGGUGAAACAGGCAGGAAGAAGGCCGGUGAUGACGACUGGCGAAGAGGAGGAGAGCGUGGCGGCAGAGAAGACAACGGCGGCCGCCGCGACGACCGCGAGCGCAAUCGUUCCCGUGCGCGCGACUCGUCCCGCCCUCGGCGCGAGCAGUCCUCCACCCGCCGCGAGCGCGACGACCGCAGAGGCAAGGAGGACUACGACGAUCCCCGCAAUCACCGACGCCCGCGAGACGAUGACGACCCGGAUGAUCCCCGUCGCUGGCGCGACGAUGGCAAGCGCGAUGAGCGGAUUGCGUCCCGGCGCGACCGCGACCGCUAUCGCGAAGAACGUGGGUGGGACGAGCGCCGUGAUCGGGGCGAUCGGUGGCAGGUCGUGGAGGAGCGGGAGGCGCGCACGAAGCGUGGCACUGAGCGCGGUGGAGGGCGCGAUCGGCGGAAUGGGGACGAUGGGAAGGAGCGGGAUGAGCCCAAGGGCAAUGGGAGGGACCGUGAUCGCGAGAGGGAGAAGGAGCCUGCGUGGAUGGACACUUAUAUCCCGCCUGCAACAUCUGGCACCGGCAUUUUGGGUGGAAAGGGUGCGGAUGGCGAGCUCGAUGGCAUACAGGCGUGGAAGAAGGGCAUGAAAGAGAAGGAGGCGAAGGAGAAGGGCGUUGCAGCUGCCCAGGAAGCCGCCGCAGCUGCUCCGUCCGGCGGCGGAGGCGGCGGCCUCGACGAGAUUCAGCUCUUCCGCAUGAUGAUGAAGAAAGAGGACGACAAGAAGAAGGCAGACGGCCCGUCAGCCGAGGCGUCGCCAACCAUAGCGUCCGUCGCGCCCGGUCGCGUCUCGGAGGCUAUCUCCUCUUCAUCCGUGUCCGCCUCUGCCAUGGCCGAGUCAAAAUCGAGCGGUCAGCCUCCGUCUUCCUCUGCCGUCACCUCAUCUACCGCGGACAACGCCGCGCCUGCCUUGUCUGGCCUGGCGUCCCUCCCUCCCAAGCCCGAAGUCCAUCUCGAAGACGUUCUCCCGGCAACUUCCAGGUUAUUCCCCAGACCCAGCCAGCCGACGUCCGCGGAAGCUUCCCCACUGGACUCUACAGCCAACUCGCCCACGUCUGCCCUUAGUGCAGCCGCAGGAUCACGUUUGCUCUCGCUGGGUCGCGGUCCCGCCCAGGCUAAGGCUGCUCCCGCUGCUCCUGGUUCCCCUGCGAACGGCGCUCAGGCGCCGCAAGUCCCUGCUCAACCGAACAUCGCCUUGGAAGCCAUCAGACGCGACCCCGCUAUCGUGCAGCUACCAUCCAAACCAGGAUCAGCGCACGGCUCCGCAUAUUCACCUUUCGAGGACACAUCGCGUACCUCUUACGGCUUCGAGGACGCGCGCCGCGCGCCGAACUCGCUGGAGCAACCUAUGCGUGUUCCAGGGAACAACAGCCCGUCGUUUAAUGAGUCGCUGUCGCCGGAUGGAUCCGUGCCGGGUAUGAGGGGCAGUCGCUUUGCGAAGUUCUUCGAUGGAAAGACGAGGGACGGCGCCGCGAAGAUGCAAUCUGGCGGGGAGUCGCCUGUUGGGCUAAGGCAGGAGCCGUCGCCCAUGAACGUCCCUGGUAGUGGGCCCGAUGGACGCGCCAUGGACGAGAUCUUUGCCAUGCUGAACAAUUCGGCGACGCACAAUCCUCGCGCUCCAAACCCGCCUACUGUUGUUCCGCCCGCUAGGGAUAUUCAACUCCAGCAACAGGCCCAGCUAGCGCUCCUGCAGCAACAAGGUAUCCAUCCCAGCCGCCUCGAAUCCUUCUACGACAGCCACUUCGACGACCGCAGCUUCGUACCUGACGGCAUGGUCCCGGGCCUCCGCACGGCGCCUCCUCCCCGCGAGAAAGGUCCUAUGUUCGCCGACCCUAUCGACGAUCCCCACUUCAGUGUGCAACGCCCACCCCCGCAUCAGCGCGGUGCGGACCCGGCGUUCUGGAACCAGCCAGCCCCGCGCCAGCCUCCUCCCCAGCAGCUGUACGGGCAGCAACUUGGUGGGCGUGGUGGUGUUGGGCUGUCUGCGGCGGCGUUGCAGCAGCAGCAGUUCCGUGGUGGCCCGUCGCCGCUCACUGCGCAGGCGCAGGCCACUCUUCUGCAGCAGCAGCAGCGUCUGCCGCCAGGGCUUGCAAACCUCGGUGGCCGUCCGCCUCACGACCCUUCGCAGUUUAUUGGUCUUCAAGGUCUGCAGAAUGGGGGUCUGCAUGCCAAUGCACCUCUUCAGACGAACUUCAACGGUAUUCCUGGUGGUGGCAAUGUUCCCUUCGGCGGUCCUCAGAUCCGCGGCAUACCUGCCGCUCAGCAGCUACAGAACGCUCAUCUCGGCGGGUUCACACCUCAGGAGCUUGAGCUACGCGCUGCUCAGGCUCAUAUCAUGAGCAUGCGCAAUGGCGGCGCGGCUGGGCUAGGCGGCCUUGGAGGACUGCCCCAGCACCAGCUUUCGCAGCAAGCUGCUCUCCUCAACCUGCGCGCUCAGCAGCAACAACAGCAACAGCAACAGCAGCACCUCGCGCACGGUCUGCCUCCCCACCUCCCUCAGCAUGGGCAGCCGUCGCCCGAGGACCUCAUGCAGCUCCUUCUCGCGGGCCGUGGCGGCGGCCCCGACCUCGACUCCUUCAACCGCUACCGCUGAGUUUCAACGCUCCAACCUAUCCCCGACGCGCGGACUACACCUUCCAUAACCCGACUAUCAUGCGCUGGUCUCUCGUUCUGUUCCCACCACUGCUCGCGCCGCACCUCCCUCGUCGUCCACUAUCUUGCAUCGCUCAUAUACUUUACAAUCGUUGUACAUUUCCUUUUUCCUUUGUUCAUGCUUAUACGAUGCUCUUGGACCCACGGA